AGAAAGCCAAAUGACAGCAACGACUUCUUCCAAUACUAUUAAUGCCUCAUUUUGAGAUGGCGUCAAGAGCUAGUUGCUUUGAAAUUACUCUUAGUUUUUUUCCUCGUGAAAAUUGGCUGCUAUUAGCGCUAAAAUGUGCCAACGGAUUCUGCCUAGGGACGACAAGGCGAAUUUCCAGUAUCUAGCUCUGCCGCCAGAAAGGGCCGCAAGGGAGCAUUAGGCAUCACUCAAGCAGGCUUUUUUCCUCAGGUAAUCCGUACUUACAGGCGUCGUAAGGCAUGAUCACACAGUUUGUUUUGUAUCUUUUUAUUUUAGAUGACCGCUCAACUUUGGCGCUCCCAAUAACACCCCAAUCUUUGAUAUACACCUUCCAAUUGUGAUGGCAUCUCCAAACAACAACCGACAGCUUGAGCUCACGACCAUUGAAGCCGACGCAGUUCGGAAGGCGCUGCAUUAUUGGUUAAGCUCCAAACUCGUCCCAUCAAAUCUCCUCAACGAUCUUCUAGCGACCGUCCAGGUCGUGGAGGAACAACACCAUAGCUUCGAUUGGGACAAGUUCGCCAAGUACACCUUCAGAUUGGCCGUCAUUUGCUUAACCAUCGCCAUUCUCAGUCUCAUAUUUGACGAUGUCGUGCCGAAAAUCAUCAAGCGUAUCUUAGCACUGCCGUCGCCUGUGCGCAUCGCUGUCACCAGCGCUCUCGCCAUCGUGACACAUAUAUGGGGGUAUCAACGAUCUCUGGUGGCGCCGAAACAGCUCUAUUCCAAUGAGGCGAUUCAUAGUCUCGGCGCUCUGCUUUUUGGUCUCACGGCAGUGCAACUCGUCACCGCCCUAGAAGCGGAUAAGAAAGAGAACGUGCAUAUCUUCCACAACAUCGUACUAUCGCUAGCCCUUGUCUAUGGGGUCUCUGCCGCGCUGGUGCAGUCGACGUUCAUCUGGUCUUGCGGUAUGAUUGUCUUCGGCAUCUGGUUUGGAACUUGGACCGCCUAUGGCAGCGGAACGUACUAUCUUGGCAUGAACUACCCACUGCGGUUUGUUCUCUUUGGCGCGGGGCUCAUCGCUGUGUCUGGUUACAUGCGCAAUUUAUCCCUCAUAGCUACACUAUGGUCGCCAACGCGAACCUGGGGGAUGCUCUACCUAUUCAUUGCACUUUGGAUACUUUCACUAUUUGGGAACGAUAAGUUACGUGGAGACAAUGUCCUGACCCAUGGCGGCAUGGGCAGGGUCGCGAUCUGGUCGAUUGGGUUUCUCUGCGCCGCUACAGCAGCUAUCUGGCACGGCUUGCGAUACGGGGAUUCUACUACGAAAGGCUUCGGACUGACCUUCCUCGGCAUCAAUCUUUACACCAAAUUUUUCGAGUUCUGCUGGUCCAAGUGGUAUAAGUCGGUGUUCUUUGCUGUGAUGGCGCUUUCUCUAGCACUGGUCGGAAGAUAUGCAGAAACCGUCAACGUAGUACUACAUGAGCAAUACUUCAGCCCCUCCAGCCAGAUAUGAAUGAGUUAAGGAAAGCACAUACGACCAUAGGAUCUAGAAAACGCGGGGUCCCGUCCGCUCCCCCAGAGCCAAGCUAGAUACCGCCAGACCAGUAGUUGGGUCGGUGACGACCAGCGAAUCCCUGGUGUUAUUAGAGUACAUUAGUAUGGAGUU